AUGCGGGCGCGCGGCGCCGCUCAGGGGGGCGGGCUACACUGCCGGUCCGUCGCCAGUGACCAGCCGGCGGCGGCAGAGGCGACAGGGCCGCCAGGUGCUCCCAGGACAGCAGGAAGGACGGACAGCGAGGACCGCGGAGCUGUCCCCACAGCUCGGACUCGGGCGGUGAAGGUCGGACCGUCGGCGGCUGAAGCACCUGCAUCUCUGCGUACCAGCGUUACCAGUCGCCAUGGUCUCGGCCGUCGCUCUGUCGGUGCUGGCGCUCACCCUGUGCGCCGCGUCGGCCGCGUCGCUUCAGCCAGCUCAGAGAGCCGAGGACAUUCUGACAGCAAGGAGUCGUCUGUCCCCUUCGCAAGAUGGCGUAAAGACCACGGUGCUUGAAGAUGCUAGGGUCAUUGCAAACGAGAUCGAAAACGCGGCACUAAAUGUGUACGAACAUCUGGGUCGACAUCUUAUAGAACAAAAGGGCAUCCGUGCACGAAGAAGUGCUGAAAAAGCGCCCAAGAGAUUCGGCUUUUCCUUCGGGACUGCCGUCAGUGCAACGAAUGAUGCCAAGAAGCGAGAGGUCGCCUCGGCAAAGACAACCACUACGACAACAAAACGGCCACCUCCGUUCUGGAAACAGCGAACCUCGACAACGCCACGGCCGUCGCCGUUCGCGAAACAACAAACUACAACAACCACAACAAAACGGCCACUUCCGUUUUGGAAACGGACGACUUCAACAACAGCACGGCUAUCGCCGUUUGGCAAACAACAAACCCCGACAACGGAGCGACCGGUGCCGUUCUGGAAACGACGAACAUCCACAACGGAACGUCCGACGACAACUACGACCGUCCCAACUACGAGGCGAACCUUUCCAAAGUGGAAGCCUCCCUCCACUUCCUCGAAGCCAAAGACCGAGCCAACUAAAAGGACGGUCUUCAAGUGGAGCCGAGCUUCUCCAAUCAGCAGGCAGUCAACCACCACAAAACGGCCACUGCCAAAAUGGCCACAGCGAACUUCAACUACGAAACGCCCAACAACCACGUCAACGCCGACCACAACCACAUCGAGACCAACCACAACCCGACGAAUGACGACAAAACGGCCAACAACACGGAGACUGUUCACCAAACGACCAGCCAUAAUGCGCCUCACAACGACACAGCCAGCAACGCUGACAACCACGCAGCGACCGAGAACAUCACGGACCACGACCAAACGUCCUGCCAAGAGACGAACGACCACCCAACGGCCAACGGUAACUACCAAACGGCCAACAGUAACCACCAGACGACCUACCAAAAGGCGGACGACUACCCAACGGCCAACGGUUACCUCCAAACGGCCAGCGGUGACCACCAAACGGCCCACGCCGACGACGAAGCGUCGGGUGCUGUUCUCUGCCAGAGGCGCGCAGAACACCCGGACGACCCGGCGCCCGUUCCGCUUCACCGUCCGGCCCACCACCGUCUCGCCGCGCACCACGCCGAGGCGGAGGACCCCCUCGGCGCCGAAGAGCGAGCCCGUUCCGGAGGCGGCUGACCCGCUGACGUCGCUGCUGAUGCGGAUCGCCUCGCUGGAGCCGCGCCGCACCGCGCAGGGGUCGCGCCGCACCGUCGGCAGCCCGUCCGUGCUGCUGGCGAUCGCCGCCCUGGCCACGCCGAACGAGCCCGCCGUCCGACUGAAACCCGACCAGAGGGGCUUCCAGCUGAGCCUGAGGCACCCGCCGGAGGGGGCCUGCGCGCCCUGCAUGCCCACCUUCCUGGUGGACCUGGAGAAGUGCCACCCGUGUGUGGUGAUCCGCUGAGCCGGCACGGGGCGCGGGGCGAGUGAAGGGGCCAAACUGGAGCUGUGUGUGUGUGCUCGUAUUGGAGUGGUGUGGUCGUGCGUGUGUGCGCGUGUGCUGCAUUAGCAGGUGCUUUGGAGAUCGACGUUUGUUGGAGAGCAUGGCUUUGUUAAUCCAGUUACCUGGGUCAACUCAGCCAUUUCGCAUUGUAGUUGGUAUUCGCUCUUCUGUGGCAGCGGUAGCAAUUCCUCUAGUGGCUGAAAAAAUUAUUUGAAGCCCCGGUUCUUCCUAACAUUUAGGUUGUUAACCCGGCAAAUGGUCAUUAUACGGUAAAGCUUAAAGAGAUAGCAGCUCAGUUCAUAACAUUUUCGUUCAUUUAUAUGGCAAUUCAUUUGUUUAUUAUGAGCCUGGUCAAAUUAUUUUUAACCCGCGCCCCACUGGGGUCUGCGUAUAACACGCCCUACUGGGGGGGGGGGGGGGGCUAUUCAUAGCCUCCCCUCCUAACUCCGAAACUACUGGGCCGAUCAUCAAAAUUCAAACGGCGUCUGAUAGCCCCGGAAAAACUGUCGAGCGAAACCUAAUUUCAUUGACCUCGAGGUCACCGAUGACGUCACAGGUCAGGUCAAAGUAAAAAUUAUUAGCAUUUUGGCUUGUUCACGUUUUGGGCUCUGGCCGCCGUCUUACAAGUCAGAUCAGGCUCAUUUUUGGAUCACACACUCGGGAACAGAUGCUCUAGUUACCCUGAGGGUACCAAACUUGUACUUUGAUUUUCAGGUCAAGGUCAGGUCAUCACAGGUCACGAAAAUAUGAUAUCAUGCGUCGGUCACGUGACACAUGUUUUAUGGUCCAUUUAGGUCAGAGAAUUCGAAUUUGCUGUCGUCUGUGUCAUUCGAGGUCAUUUUGAGUCGAAUUUAGCUUAGGACAGGUCACUUUCAGGUCAAAAAAGGUCAAAUUUUGAAGCUAAAAUUUUUCAACAAAAAAGGUGUCUAUUGGAUGCAGUUUGAGCUCAGGAACACGAUGGUGCUAUUCAUAUUGGCGUACGAUGUCAAAUACGUGCUGAAAAAUUGAUUUGAAAAAUUAAUAAUUGUGAAUUUUUUGCAAUAAUGCGUAAAACUUGGCCAUUUUUGAAGAUAUUUAGCUAAAACUUGCUAGAGUUAGUCAUAAUAAUGCGUUCUAUCACAUAUAUUCCGGUUUUUUCGAAAAGUCAAAAACGUUUUGAAAAAAUGUAAAAAUAUAAAUUUUGGAUUUUAUUAUAUUAAAUUUUCCAAAUUUUCAAAAUUUUGAAAAUCCGAGAUAGCAGUUUGAUAGCGCAGUCUAUUCUGAGUCCUCUCAUGCAAAGGAAUUGGAUCUAGCUUAAAAACUGAGCUCUUGGGAGCGAUUGCCGUGGUUCAAUGUUUUGCGUCGAAAUCGGCCGAACAUGACGUCACUCUGACGUCAUUUCCGGCCGACCUAUAGUAGUAACGAAGUUCAAAUUUUGACACAAGGUGUCAAAUUAAUGCAGCCUAAGGUACUGAAAGUUUGGCGUCGAUACGUUAAGCGGUUUGGAAGUUAUUGCAGAAAAACGGGAGGGGGGGGCUAUGAAUAGCCCCCCCAGUGGGGCGCGGGUUAAGACCAACAACUUUGAACGUUAGAAGUUGAAGCAUUGAACUAAGGUGCAAGCAGCCUGACUAAUAUGAAAUAAAUGGUGAAUAACAUGUC